GUCAAACUGGUUUCUCUCGUACAUGAUGGGUUAUUUUCGCAGCACAGGUGAAUAUGGUUGAAUUUCGUUUGCCGGCUAGUGUUAAAGCUUAGGGUAUGUUAAUUCUUUGUAUUCCUAUUGUUGAUCUAGCCACAGUAAUUCAAAGCAACAAGAGAGAAAAUCACGGGACAAUUCUGGAAGUGUUUUUAUUUUAAAGUUUCUUUUUGCGGAACACAAAAGAGCGCAAAGUUAGGGACAAUGCUGGGGUUUCCAGAGAUAUAUUUCAGUCUAAUAUCCCUGCUGCAUCUGGUUUGGGGCAGAGUAAUCUACAAUGGAAAUGAUGUGUUUCUAGAAGAGAAGUCGGCAGGCACGUUUCUCUCCCGUACACUACUGUACAACAGUUGGGACUUCGAGGUAGUGGUUCCUGGCAAUCUAGAGAGAGAAUGCCAUGAGGAAAUUUGCUCAUAUGAAGAGGCUAGAGAGGUGUUUGAAGAUGACAAACAGACGUCUGCUUUUUGGAAGGACUAUGUCAGUAGUCAUGAGACUUUGCCACCGGUGGAUGUGUCUGGUUUGGUGGCUGGCAUUUUGGCUAUUGUAAUAACGGGUAUUAUAGUCGCUGUGCUUGGCAUUUAUUGCUACAAGAACAGAGGCAAAACUGCAAGAGGGGACAGUGUUCCUGUACAAAUGGCAGUGGAUGGAUGUUCAGCACAGGAAUCUGUGCCCUUGACAAUUAUUGUGCCCCCAGGUCUUCCCUCUUACAAUGAGGCUCUGACCCGCAGUGGGCAACAUGAUGCACCCCCACCUCCUUACUCUGGGGACGGUCCAUCCGAGCCACCAGAUACUCAAGAUGCUGAUGAGUGACAAAGAGAUAUAUUGUUUUUAAAAUGGGGGGGCUGGGGCCCACAACGGGGCAUCAGCAAACUUCCAGGGGGGCCUCAAGAUGACUUAAAAAUAUUAAAAUUGUAUAAUAUUAAAAUAUGAUAGCUUUUAAUGUUAUAGGUUGUUUACUGUUAUAAUGGUAAACAUGAUGUAGGCCUACAACAUAUAAACUGACAGUUCCUGAAAUAUCUUGAAUCUCGAAUUUUAUCAUCAUAGGUAUUUUAUUUUAUUGACACUCCCAAGUUUCUGGGUGCUCCAAAUAUUGCCCUGGGCAAUAGGGGAGCCUUGGAGUCAAAAAGGUUGCGAACCAUUGUCCUUGCUGGUGAUGGUCAAGCCCAUAUUCUACAGUUAACUUUAUUUUUAUUUUUUGAAAUAGUUUUAUACAUGUGGGAGAACGCGGUCCUCCAAUGUGAACACUGUCGAUAAUUUCAAAAAUCAGGUUUGUGUUAAAUGCUUUUAUGGAGUUUACUCAAUUGUUCUUGUUAAACAGAAUUUAAACUGAAGUUGUGUUGCUAAUAAAAAUAUUA